AUGCAGGCGGAAAGUGAAGAUUCUUUGCAGCCUGUUAAGGAAGGUGAUGAGAUUGGAAAGGACCAGGAUGCUUUCUGGCUUCAAUCACUUAUUACUGAUGGAUCCCAUGAUAAAAGAUUUCAGAAAAUAAAAGAAUAUUUUCAACAGAAAGAGAGCCAUUCUCCUCAAAAAUAUAAUGAUCUUCUGUUAUACCAUCUUAACAGAUCAAUAAAUAAGGAACUGGAUAAAAAUGAAUUUCAGUAUGUUUCACUGUUGCUGAAAUGUAUUCAGCAAUUCUUCAUAGAUGACGUCAAAGAAGAUGAACCUUUGCUAAUUCAGCAGGGACUGGUCCCAAAGCUGGUUUCCUGGUUUGAAAGAACAGUGGAAUUUCUGAUCUUGGAACACCUAGCGUCAGACGCAUCGCUGAUGGGUGUUGUGGAAGACUUCUUUGACACUGUGUUGAUUAUUUCCAGGAGUAGUAGAAAAGGUAAAAUUCAGAUGUUGGAUUCCUUCCUACUUAGCUUAGGAUUCCUGGUGACAGACAAGACCAUAAAUCACUUGCUUCAACAAGAGGCUUUGAGCAUUUUGAACUCCAUUUUGCGUGGUGUACCUCGGGAAGAGAGAAAAAAAUUCGCUUUGUCAGAAGGCACAUGUCGUCUUAUGAAAUCCCUUGCAAGGACAAUCUUGACUGUGGGUGAUUAUGACCAGCAGGUUGCUAUUUCUGAAGCAUUGUGUAGACUGACGAUGAAAAAAUCAAGGGAUGAACUUGUCCAUCAGUGGUUUGAUGAUGAUGUCAUUGCUGAAGCUUUCAAGGAAAUUAAGGACCGAGAAUUUGAGACGGACAGUAGACAGUUUCUCAAUCACCUGAAUGACAGACUUGGUGACCAAAGAAGGGUCUAUUCACUUCCGUGCAUUGCUGCUUUUGCUGAUGAGAAUGAGAUGAGAAAACCGAGAGAUGAAAAAUUAGAGAAAUUUUGGAUUGAUUUCAACUUAGGAAGUCAGAGUGUAACUUUUUAUAUAGACAAUGCGGAGAGUGCUCUGUGGGAACCAGUAAGACUUUCGAGGGAAGCGGUGAUGAAUUUUGGCAUAAUAGAAACUGAGAAGAUGAAGAUUUUUAUCAUUUACCUGAAGAAGCCUGUUGUUAUCAGCAAAAAAGCAGUGAUGAAAAUAGAAAUCCAUUUUGAUUUGCAAUUCAACAUAUCACAAGCUUCCAUGCAAGCUUUAGGAGAAGACAAACAGAUGAUGGUGCCUGGCCAGGUGAAAACCUCCUCAGAACUUUUUAGUAAGUCUGAGAAAGAAGAGACUGAGAUUCCUAAUAGCCAUGGAAGAGAGACAGAGCUGCCAGAAGAAUCCACUGACCUGGAGGAGAUCAUGAGUGCUGGAGAUGACCGUUGCCUGAUAACUAUCCCCUUGAAUGACCAGUCUGCACCGCCUGUGAGUACAAGGAGCUGGGCUCAGAGUUCCGAUCAGUCUGAGAGUCCAUCUGAAAAACUGAAACUGGAUGAUACACAAGAAGUUACUUCAAAACAUGAGCAUUCUUCAGAUUUACAAGAACCAUCAGUUAAAAUUCAGUCUCCUAAAUUAAGUGGCAAAUCUAGGCAGGAGGUGUGUCUCUGGGUGAUGCGUUUCCUGUCUGAGAAGUUUAAUUACAGGAAACAUCUCUUCUCUGAGAGUAGUCAAGAUUCAAGUACCAGUACCAGUGAACUAUCUUGGACCAGUAACCAAAAGAAGAAAUCCCUAAAAUCAUACUCUAAUAGAAAAAAGAUAAGAACCAGGAGUAGUGUAAGAAUCUUGCCACUUUUCCCUCUCAGUAGUGGCAGUGACCAUGACCACAAGAAAGACCAAGCUAAACUUCUAACACCAUUACAGAAAGACAUGUCUAGGCAAAAUGACACCAUGCCUCUGCAAAUUUCUGAAACAAAAUUCCAAAGUAGUUCUGCCUUUUUAACUCCUGAAGAUUCUGCCAAAAAAACAGGGCUUCAAGGUCCUCACCCACCAAGCGAGUUCUCUUCCUUGGAGCACUCAGAAGAUGAAGAAAAUGUGUAUAAGAUUGUGAACCAAGAGUCAUUAAUGGAGAGUACUAGCUUCAAACAUAAGCUGCAAAACUUGGAAGAUAGAGACACACCAGAAGGUAGUUUUGCUAAGUCCAAACAAUCAAGAUUGGAAGAAGGUGAUGCUCCAGUGUCCCCUUCCUUGGUGACUGAAGAAACAGAUGUGGCAGAAGGCAUCUUCACUCCAUCCCAAGAAGUUGUGCCAGAGAGCUUGAAUGAGUCUGCCCUUCUCACAACCUUUGAAAACUUCACUAGAGAACUGAGAAGAAAAUACGAGGUUAGGUACAGAAGGAGUCCACUUUAUUCAAAAGAUGCAAAGAAAGCACCGGGUUGCAUAAUGAAACUUUUAAACCAGAUAUACCUGUGCAGACUCAAUAAGCUAGAGAAGUUUCAGAAUUUUGUUCUUCAAGAGUUGAGCAAUCUUGAGAAGGAUAUUCAGACCCUGGAACACCUUGAAAAGGACGCUCUGGAGUUUUGGGGGAAACAGUCUGCUGAUCUGAAAUCGUUCUGUGAUCUGCAAGUGCUGAGGUGUUCCUCUGCACCCUGACCGUCUGUCCUCUGAGGAUCCGUUUCGUCUUCAGGCGGUAGGUGAACUCUGGCUUCUGCACCUGCACAGCCACGCAGACCGUGUGAGCCACCCUCCCUCUGUGCAUCCCUCCAGCCCCUGGCUGCUUCCCAUGACAAGGAGAGAGCAAGGCCGCUUCUCUCCAAGGUUCAGGCUCUCACAGGCUGCUUUCAGGGGCAUUUGUUGGAGACCAUGGAUAACUACAGGGUGACUCAGAAGGAAAGUAUAUUCUGAGUGUUUUACCCGUGGUGACAAAGGGACCAGAGGCACCCUUUGUCUCUGCCCCAUAAGCGUAGUGAGUGGCUGGCUGUUGCGUCUUCCUCCCCUGCGGGUCCUUAACUUCAGCUCACUUGGAUGCUCCUGCAGCUGUUCAACACAGCCCUUAGCAGCUCCUCCCAUUCAGCAGCUGCUGUUUCUGUUCCCUGUAUCCCCAGGUCUUAGCAAGGAUUUCCACGUGGCUUGCUUGACCUUUUGUUUUUUUUUUCUUUGACUUCCCAUUCACUCUAAAGCCCCUGCAAUUUGCUAGCUGCCUCCCAAGGUCUGAACCCAGGGCCUUUUUGGUUUUUUCUUCAGUUGUUGCCCAGGCUCACCUCCUUGUAGCAUUUGACUUUGUUUAAAUGAUCUCUUUUUCCUUGGCUUCUCCU